AUGGUUCUUGGUAGGAAAACUAAGUGGCAUGCCUCUGACCAUGACGAGGAGAAAGAGAAGACUCACACAGAGGAGACGUUUGCUGAGAUUAGCCUACCAGAUGUGGCACACUGGAUGGCAGUGAAUCAGGGCAAAUUUGAGAAAAAAUUGCAAAGGAAAAUAGAGUUGGAAUUAGAGCUCGAAGAGCUGCUGACCACUUGCUUCUCAGCGAUCAUUCAGAACGUCAUCUGCACCUCCAUCACUGUCUGGUUUGGGUCAGCCACCAAACGAGACAGGGCCAGACUGCAAUGGACAAUAAGGGAUGCAGAGAGGAUCAUUGAAGCUGAUCUCCCUUCCAUCCAGGACCUUUACCGGUGCAGGGCCAGCGUGUUUGGAGAGGUGGUGGACCACCAGAACGGCACCUACACGGCCCGGUUCAGGCUCCCGUGGGCCGGCCCAGUGACGCUGGCCGUGCGCCUGAUCCACUCCAGCGAGGCGGUCCGCGUCCUCAAGCAGCGCCGGCGCACCGACUCCGACCGGAUCUACUUCCUGAACUACUUCCAGGGCACGAGCCAACGGCGUGGGGGCGCCGCGGUGGAGGAGGUGGUGGAAUGUAACGUGAAGUGGCCAGGCGUGACCCUGCCGCCGUCGCCACGGGGACGGUGCGAGUACCACGACGCCCACACGGGUCUCACCUGGCAGUGCCACAAGCCCCCGACACUGACGUGCCAGGACCGCGUGUUCCACUCGGAGGGCGGAUUCAGGAAACGCAUCACUGCCCUGGAGGAGGUCCUCAUGGACAGUCAGCAUGUGAACCAGUGGCUUACCGGUGACUCACGCCUGAUCAGAGUGACUGGAUCUAAUUUAAGUACUGUGGUGAGCAAGCCAUGCAAACCUGGACUUCCCACGCCAGUCCCAGCAGGAUUUUACCUGAACGAUGUGUGGACGUCACUUGUGUGCGCCGCCCGACAUUUCUCUGUUCCAGAAAUCGCUCCAUGCCUCAGAGACAAGCACAUCUACAUCAUGGGAGACUCCACCAUCAGACAGUGGUUUUUAUACCUCAAUGAGGCUGUACCAAGGUUUGUCUGGUUGUCUGGUUGUUAG